UUCCUGGAGAUCUUUUCUGGGGCCCUCGAGCCGGUUCUGUCUGUCUUGUGUGCUGCGCUGGGACCCGAGUGACGCGAGAAGGCGCCGGAGGAGGGGCGAGGAUCAGGCGCUGCAGCCUGUGACGCCGCUGAGAGCGGCAGCGCGCGGUCGCCGCCCCGGUGCCCCCCCAGGAGAGCAGGAUGGAGGCGGCCGCGCCGAGGGGCCCGGCCGGGGUGACCUUUCAAGAUGUGGCUGUGUACUUCUCUUGGGAGGAAUGGGAUCUUCUUGAUGAGGCCCAGAGACACCUGCACCUCGAGGUGAUGCUGGAAAACUUGGCACUUAUAUCCUCACUGGGUUGUUUGCAUGGAGUAGAGCAAGAGGAAGCACCUUCCGAACCAAGCGUUUCUGAAGGAUUGUCACGUGUCAUGACUCCCAAAGAGGGGUCGUCAUCCCAGAAUGCCUGCUCCUGUGAAAUAUGUGGCCUGGUCUUGAGAAGCAUUUUGCAGUUGGCUCAGAACCACAGAACAACACAUCCUGGGCAGAAGCCACGCACAUGUGGAAGACAGUUCUAUUUUGCUGCAAAUCUUCAACAGCAUCAGAGGCAGCACAUUAAAGAGCUUCCCUUCAGAGGUGACACUGACAGAACCUUGUUUAUAAAGAGUUGCAUGAUCCAUGUGUCGGGGAAGCCUUAUACUUGCAAAGAGGUGGGGAAAGGUUUUCUGGCCAGCGUGGGAUUUCCCCGUCAACAGGCCACUCACACAGGGGAGAAACCAAAUGCCAGUUACAAGUGUGGGGUGGCCUUUCACAAUGGAAAAAGUCUUCACCACUGGGGGGAAUGCAAGAAAGCUUUUAGCCACACAGAUACACUCGUUCAGUACCAGAGGGCACUCACAAAUGAAGGGCUUUUUGAGUGCAGCAAGUGUGGGAAAGCCUGUACUCGGAGAUGUAAUCUCAUUCAGCACCAGAAAGUCCACAGUGAAGAGAGGCCUUAUGAGUGCAGUGAAUGUGGGAAGUUCUUCACCUACUACUCGAGCUUCGUCAUCCACCAGCGAGUGCACACUGGAGAGAGGCCUUAUGAGUGCAGUGAGUGUGGGAAGGCCUUCAGUCAGAUCUACAGCCUCAACAGCCAUAGGAAAGUCCACACGGGAGAGAGGCCUUAUGAGUGUGGGGAAUGUGGGAAAUCCUUCAGCCAGAGGUCCAACCUCAUUCAACAUCAAAGAGUUCACACGGGAGAGAGGCCUUAUGAGUGCAGUGAGUGUGGGAAAUCCUUUAGCCAAAACUUCAGCCUCAUUUACCACCAGAGAGUUCACACUGGAGAAAGGCCUCAUGAGUGCAGUGAGUGUGGGAAAUCCUUUAGCCGAAGUUCCAGCCUCAUUCACCACCGGAGGCUUCACACUGGAGAGAGGCCCUAUGAGUGCAGUGAGUGUGGGAAAUCCUUUAAGCAAAGCUCCAGCCUCAGUUCACAUCGGAAAGUCCACGCAGGAGAAAGGCCCUAUGUAUGUGAGGAGUGUGGGAAACCCUUCAGCCACAGCUCCAACCUUAGGAACCAUCAGAGGGUCCACACUGGAGAAAGGCCUAUUGAGUGCAGUGAGUGUGGGAAAUCCUUUAGCUGCAAAUCUAACCUCAUUAAACACCUGAGGGUCCACACUGGAGAAAGGCCUUAUAAAUGUAGUGAAUGUGGGAAGUCUUUCAGCCAAAGCUCCAGCCUCAUUCAACACCAGAGAAUUCACACUGGAAAAAGGCCUUAUCAGUGCAGUGAAUGUGGGAAAUCCUUUGGCUGCAAAUCUGUCCUCGUUCAACACCAGAGAGUUCACAGUGGAGAAAGGUCUUAGCUAUAUAGGGAAUGUGCACUUUUUAUUUAGUGGAAUCAUUGGAGGAGAGCACCUGUAAGAGCAGCCUACCUGGAUUGAAGCCCAGCAACUGAAGGUGCAUGGCAGAGAGAUUCCCUUCAGUUCAGGUUUGUGGAAGCUCCAAGGAUCUGUGUUACAGUUCCUAGCAUCCAUAACCCUUGCAGUUUAGGCUACUGACAGUUUCUGAGACAGAAGCCAUUUCACUGCCACUUGCUAAGUCCAGCUGUGUCAGUCACCACGCCACCAUGUUCAGGGAAGCUGAUCUGUGUUCUCCCAUUGCUGGAGGUAAUGAGUAGUCUGAGCCCACAUUCCCUUCUCCAAAAAGCUGGGGCAUGAACCUGACCCAGUUUUGUACCGGAGAUCCUGAUAGAAGUAAACUCUUUCAGGGACACA